AUGCUGCUUCUGCGGUCCCCCAUCCUCAGGCAGGGGCCGCCUCGAGAGGCAUUAUUGUGCUCGCGAUGUCUGGUGCGCAGAUCCAUGCCGCACUCUGCUCUCCGCCAGUUUUGGUCGUCUUCGCAACGGCGAACAGGAAUCGCCAAUGACACCCCUUCGACCCUCCACAAGACAUAUUUCUCGCCCAAUCGCCUACAGGAUUCCUCAGAGAGCAACAGCAGCGUGCUAUCUUCAUUAGCAUCCGCCAAUGCCUCAAAAAGCCUCUCCACCGCCGCGAGUCGGAAGUCGACAGACCCGAGCUCGACCGAGACAGCCCCGGCCGGGUCAAUGGCUACAGAAUCCGUCGAGAACGAGUUACCACAUCGACGGAGAAAGCGGCUGAAGGAAAAAAUACCGGAGACGAGCCAGGAAGAGCCCGUCAUCCCUCCCGAUGCGUCGGCGCAAUUGUCUGCUUUCUCCUCCGCCCUGCCCACCACCUCCCUCCGCCGCAAAUUGGCGGCCUUUCUCGCUCUGACAAAGCCUCGACUAUCCUUUCUGAUCCUCCUCACUACAACCUCCGCAUAUGGGAUGUAUCCGAUAUCUUCCCUGCUCACACUCGACCCGGCCAUGACCCCACUACCCACUCUCUCCACGUCGACCCUGACCUUCAUCUACCUCACGGCGGGCACAUUCCUAUCAUCAUGCAGCGCAAACACGCUGAACAUGAUCCUUGAACCCAAGUACGACGCUCUGAUGUCGCGCACUCGCAACCGCCCUUUGGUCCGCGGGCUGGUCUCGCGGCGCGCGGCCGUGCUUUUCGCUAUUGGCACUGCAGUCACCGGCCUUUCACUCCUAUACAUUGGAACAAACCCGACGGUCACCGCGCUCUCCGCAGCAAAUAUAUGUCUGUAUGCGUUCGUGUACACGCCGUUGAAGCGCAUCCACGUCAUCAACACCUGGGUCGGCGCCGUGGUGGGUGCCAUCCCGCCGAUGAUGGGAUGGAUCGCUGCAGAGGGCCAGACCGCGACUACGGGCCACGAUAACUGGCGAGAUAUGCUCUUUAGCCAAGAGAGUAUCGGUGGGUGGCUCCUGGGUGGUGUCCUCUUUGCCUGGCAGUUCCCGCAUUUCAACGCUCUCUCGCACACCAUUCGAGAGGAAUACAAGGCCGCGGGGUAUAAGAUGCUGUGCUGGACGAACCCGGCUCACAACGCCCGGGUUGCGCUCCGCUAUUCCAUUCUGAUGUUCCCCAUUUCCAUUGGGCUGUGGUGGUUCAACGUCGUCGGCCACGGGUUCUUGGUGGGAAGCAGUGUCGCCAACGGCUGGCUCGUCCGUGAAGCGUACCGCUUCUGGCAGCACCAGGGUGCUCAGGGCACUGCCCGUGGAUUGUUCUGGGCGAGUAUCUGGCAGCUGCCUAUUCUCCUGGUUGGUGGCCUUAUCACCAAGAAGGGGUUGUGGGAUGGUGUCUGGCAGAAGAUCUUCGGACAGCCAGACGACGAGGACGAGGAUGAGUAUCUGUACUAUGAGGAGGAGGAUGAGUCCUCGCAGCAGAAUCCCGCCUCGUCUCGCCCCAAUACCCGCUCUUCGACGAGGUCGAACCGCGCUAGUGUUUUAUCUACGGCAUGA